AUGAAUAUUUUAUUUUGUCAUAGGAACUUGAGAAGUUUUUCUAAAAUCUGCGAAUACUAUAAAUAUGGUAGGGAAUGCCCUCUACAUGCAACUACAAGAAAAUACACCUUUGAAAAAGCAAAAGAGUGUUACAAUAUGUCGAAGCAUAUUGAGAAUAUAAUUGAGUCAUUUAAUAGUGCACCUACAGAGAGCUUUCUGACUUUAGAUAUUUUAAAUAAGCCUCCUGAAACAUUUAUUAAGACAUACUCUAGGAAAUACUCAGAUUCCAUUAAAGAAGGUGAUUUGAAUACUUGGAAUACACUUAAAAAAUCAGAAAUUGAAGAUAUUCUCAAGGACUCAUUGCAAGGUUUCGAAGAUUAUAUAAAGGAGAAUUCUGUAUGCUCUCAAUUUUUAAUAUCUUUUAUUUCCAAAGAACGAGAUUAUCAAAAAUCAAAACUACUUGAAAUUAUGUCAUCUUACCUUCCUAAUAGCUUGCAAAAUGUAAUUAAUUAUAUAUCCGAAAUCCCUGGAAAAUUAACAAGACCAGAACUUUGUUUUUUAAUAUUUUUGUGCAUGAAUAACUCAAGUAAUGAGAUCUCAAUAGAAUCUUUAAAGUCUGAAAUACAAUUAAAUAGUUCUCAACGUAUUCUUAUUAAAGCUUUAGAAAUGAUACAUAUUGCAUCCUUAUUACAUGAUGAUAUUGUCGACGAAAGCGAUAUUAGAAGAGGGAAGACAUCUACACAUUUAAAAUUUGGUAACAAAAUUGCUAUCCUUACAGGAGAUUUUUUGUUCUCUAGAGCUUGCCACUCUGUUGCAUUUUUAGAAAAUAUAAAUGCAAUGAAACAUGUUUCACUUAUUGUAGAAGGUUUGGUAAGAGGUGAACUACUUCAAUAUAAUGAUCUGAGAGAAUUCUUAGAUGAAAUAAAGGAAAAUCUUGAUGAAAUGAAGAAUCAAAAUUCUACCACAACCCAAAUAGAUAUAUUUAACAAAUAUAUGAAGAACUAUCUUUCAAAAAUUUAUUAUAAAACAGCUUCUUUAAUGUCUCAUGGGGUUAGUGCUUGUGUGGAAGUUAAUGGAAUGCAGCAAUCAUCUAAUUUAAUUGGGAAUGAACUUUUUAAUAUAAAGAAAAAAACAAUCUUCAAUAUUGGUUUAAACUUUGGAAUUGCAUUUCAGCUAUUAGAUGAUUUGUUAGAUAUCAUAAAUCCAGAAGCUAACAAAGUGUUGAAUAAACCAAUAAUGAAGGAUAUUAUACAAGGAGUUUUGACAGUGCCUACUUUAUUUGCUAUUCAAGAAGCUCCAGGUAAUAUGAUCCCCUUAUUAUAUAAUAUUGUUGAGAAUAAAAAUUUUACACCAAAUUCAAAAUCCCAAUUAUUAGAUAUUUGUACAGAUACAAUGGCAAUCUUAAAAACUAGAUUAUGUAUUGCUUUAUAUCUAGAAUCAUAUAUCAAAUCAUUUCAACAGAUAUGUAAUAUUUCAUCACCAGUAUAUCCUGGAUUUUUUAGAAUAGCAGAAAAGUUGUUAACAAGAAUUCCCAAAUAA